AUAUAUAAUGUGGACCAAGCUUCCACCAUUGUAGUGCCUACCACUCUUGGUCGUUCUAUUCCUAUCAAACAACCGUUAAUGGUCGUCACAUCCAACAUCGCACCGAAUCCCAGUGUCCCAACACUGCAUGUGUUUCUCGUUCGUCCAAGCCUAACCAUUUCGCCCAACUCAUAUACUUUUCACAGAAUCAUCCAAAACAUACCACUCGAUCACCUUUGCUACAAUCCAUCCCACUACUUCUAUUUGUCAAUGUCAUACAUAAAACGCACUAAAGCACUCACUCAUGUAUAGUAGUAGCACUCUCCAAGUUGCCACAAGCAGAGUUUCAGAGAGACUUCCUUUGUUAGCUAUGGAGAAAGAUAGCAGGGAGAGUCAUGUUUACCAUGCCAGACUUGCUGAACAAGCCGAGAGAUAUGACGAGAUGAUUGAAGUGAUGAGAAAAAUAGCUAAGUUGGAUGUGGAAUUGACCGUGGAAGAGCGAAAUUUGUUGUCUGUUGGGUAUAAGAAUGUGAUUGGGGCAAGAAGGGCGUCAUGGCGGAUCUUGUCUUCCAUUGAACAGAAGGAGGAAGUCAAGGGAAAUGAGCAGAAUGUGAAGCGAAUAAAGGAGUACAUGCAGAGGGUCGAAGAUGAGCUUGCAACAAUUUGCAAUGACAUGCUAUCAGUCAUUGAUUAUCAUCUCCUCCCUUCUUCAUCGACAGGGGAAUCUACUGUAUUCUACCGUAAGAUGAAAGGAGAUUACUAUCGUUAUUUAGCUGAAUUCAAAGAGGGUGAUGAUCGCACAGAAGCUGCUGAUCAGUCUCUUAAAGCCUAUGAGGCUGCCAGUAGUAGUGCUGCCUCUGAGUUGCCCCCAACUCAUCCAAUCAGACUUGGACUUUCUCUGAACUACUCUGUCUUUUACUACGAAAUUCUCAAAUCCUCUGAGAGGGCAUGCGAUCUCGCUAAGCAGGCAUAUGAUGAUGCCGUCACUGAGCUUGACAGUCUUGAUCAAGAAUCCUACAAGGACAGCACCCUCAUUAUGCAGCUUCUCAGGGAGAAUCUCACAUUGUGGAACUCAGAUCUUCUAGAGAGAGGAGGUGAGCACUCUAAAGUUGAUGAAUCCCAGCUGGAGAAAUAGAUGGGGUGGCAAGCGACUAGUUUGGUGAUACUGGCUUUGUCCAUGGAGCAAUGUUGGAUACCAAGAUACAGGGAUACCAACUAAUAGCUUGUAUUUUGUAUUAAACAUAACAGAAUCCAAAACAUUUGUGAAACUGGCGGACUUUUGUAGUCCCAUCACUCCCAUGGUUAACCUCAUAUAUAUAAGCUGUUUGAUCUAAUAUACUUGUGUUCUUGCCCUUAUGCUUGCACUUAUCGGGGUUUUCUUUCUUGAACGAAUAGCACCUGUAGCCUCUCAGGGAUCAUAUACUGCAACAUGCUCAUUACAUUGUAUCAAGGGGUCUUGACACUAAGAACCUGAUAACUAUUUUUGUAUUGAUUUGAAUAAAGUUUAUCUUCAGC